AUGCUCGACGAAGACCUACUGGAACAAAUGAGAUCCAAGUCUAGUGAGCCAUCGAAAGUACCAUAUAUCCAAGAAGUAGAGAAAUGGUACACGGAUUAUUUCAGCUACCUCCACCGUACGAUCGAAGCGCGACUACGAGGCGAACUCGCAAGCCGAUGGGAAGACGCGAACAUCGAGUUCAUCUUCUCGGUACCUACAACAUGGAAACCUAUACCCACUGUGGAACGAUUCAGGAAGACGAUAUUCGCAGCUGGUUUUGGGUCGUGCACCAGCCACACAGCAUCAAUAGGGCUGACGGAAGCUGAGGCGGCUGCGGUACAUACAGCGCGGAGUAUGCCUGGUAUCUUCAAGGAGAAUGAGUUACUCUUCGUAUGCGACGUGGGUGGAGGUACAACGGACCUAUCGGUUUUCCGAGUGAAGAACACUCAAGGUGGCUCUCUUACUCUCGAACAGAUUGAUGUUGUAUUCGGUGCCACUAUCGGAGCCGCACAACUCGACAGUCUAUACGAAAAAGAGGUGCUACAGCGAUUGGAGCAUGCCGAACGACUUCAGCCAAUGGGACUUCAGGAUGUACACCAGGCGGCAUGGGAAAUGCGAAUCUCGAAGGAAUACCAGAAUGCAAAAUGCGAUUACGGCUCGGAAGAAUCUUUGAUGGAUACCGAGACCUUUGCGGUGCGGGUACCCAAGCUGGACAAGGCUUACAACAACCGAGAAUGCGCUAUUAGCGCCGGCGACAUGUACUUCCAGCGCGACGAUUUGAAAGGCUUUUUCGACACUCAGGUAUCUAAGCUUUUCGAAAUGAUGGACAAACAGCUCGCUCGUGUGCAGCAAAAGUUUCCAUCCGAACAAGUGUCUCAUCUCGUCCUGUCCGGGGGUCUCGGCAACUCCGCAUACGUUCAAAACUGUCUACGAAGCCGAUACGCAUUCGGCAGCACACCACACUCCAACGCACAGCAUAUGCAGAUCCGCAUAGCACCCGACCCGCAACUCGUGGUCUGCAAAGGCAAUGUGGCCGACCGUAUUCAGAAGCUCAAGACCGGUCAAUCGGUGCUCGGGUGGCGAUGUAGCCGUGCAUCAUAUGGAACGAUGUGCAAGAUGCUGUACGACCCGUUCAACCUUGCGCAUUUUGGGCUGAGGACGGAAGUUGAUCCUUUGGACAAGAAGGAAUACGUCAUGGAUUGCAUCGACUGGCUUAUUAAGCAGGGUGAGCCAGUAUCGAGCGACUUCCCUAUAGUAAAGAGCUUUCAACGAAAAUGCCCGCCAGCCUCAUCCAAGAACCCCAAUCCACCAAGGAUCUAUCCCACAGAAGUGAUAUGCACCGAAGUCGACAAGUCUGAACUUCCAGUAGUAAAGAAUAACGCGUGCCGCUCCAUCUGCAAAAUCGAAUCGGAUUUCUCUUCCCUCCCGCUAUCACUCUUCAAACUCAAAAACCGACACUGGUGGAACUCCGGCCCGAAAUACCACCGCAUCAACUACGUCGUCAAAGUCAACCUCGGACCUGCUGAUGUAUCCUUCGAACUGUGGCAUAACGGUGUCAAGCUUUCAAAAGACAACUCCAUCAAGGUUGAAUGGCAAGCGAGCGGGCCGCCUGACCCGAAUGCGACGACUAUUGCGCCAGACUUCCCGAUGAACAGCUUGCCGGCGGUAUGGAGUCAUGAUGCAGCGCAUCGUCGUACGGUAAGGUCGGUUGGGGAUGGUGGCGGUAGGCUGGGGACGAAUUGGGGGAAUUGGGAGAAUAAGGAUGGCGUGAGAUCGCAGGUGAUGGCUGCGUCGCAGAAUGGGUCCAGGGUGUGGUAG